AUGGCCACCUAUGACCGUUUCAAGGUGAUCAUCAUGACCUCGUUGCCAAGGUCGAGUAAACGGGAGAAAGUUGGCCCGUAUAUUUGUGUGUUGAAGACCCACGUGGAUAUCGUUCAAGAUUUCAGUGACAAUUUCGUCAAAUCUUUGCAACCGUUAGCCAAGAAGCACAACUUCAUGCUGAUGGAAGAUCGCAAGUUUGCUGAUAUUGGCAACACUGUCGCUUUACAGUACGGCAGAGGUCUUUUCAAAAUUUCCAGUUGGGCAGAUUUGGUCACCGUUCAUUCCCUGCCGGGACAGGGUCUGUUGAAGGAAGGCGUUGUAAUCGAGUUCGACACUUUCUCUCGUUGGUUGGAGGAUGAGAUGGACAACCAGCUCGCGAGUCUCAACCCUGUAUUCAGCGUCAAGAAGCCCAGCUACCAGCCGAAGCCGAAGCCGACAGUCCUGAACGUCAACAGUCGCGACGAAGUGGUAGCGAAGAAGUGUCCUCUGUGCUCCGUCUGCUACAUCUGCCUGAUGUUCGACCAUGCGAGGAGGAACUGCAAGUCCGAGAAGAAGUGUUCCAUCUGCAAGAAGAACCACCAUGAACUGGUCCACACCGACGAACCUGCAAGGAACUCGAGGAUCAGCCGUUCGGACGCGGCGAGUAGUGACGAUAAUGUCUGCAACUUCAACGGCAAGAACACGAACACACUGCUCCGAGUUGGAAAGGUUAAGAUUCGUGGUCCACAAGGCUUCGCUGAAGUAUUUGCGCUCUUCGAUGAAGGUUCGUCUCUCUCGAUGAUGGAUGCAGCUGUGGCAGAGAGCCUCGGAUUGCGAGGACCGAUUGCUCCUGUGACCUACCACUGGACAAAUGGGAUCCUGCACAAAGAGGAACAGUCGAUGAUGCUCUCGUUCCGAAUUUCUGGACCUUCCGAUCAAGUGAAGUGGUACGACGUGAACAAUAUCCAGACGGUGACAAACAUCGCCCUGCCGGCGGUGAAGUUCGACAUGGCGAGAGUAAAGCAGCUGUACCCCAUGCUCGAUAAAGAGAAGCUGGCUGCGAUCCAAGAUGGCUGUCCCUGUAUGCUGCUUGGAUCGAACAACGCAGGUCUGAUUGUGCCUCUGAAGACGGUGCAAUACUCAUUGGAUGGUUUGCAGCUGACUCGGUUCAACCUUGGAUGGACAAUCCAUGGAGUAGUGGACCCAGCCGACGCCGGAUCGAGCAACCAUCAUGCGUUCCUGUGCUCCGAAGACGACGACAUCGAGCUUACAGAUCUGGUGAAACAGAUGCACAAGGUUGAAGAUUUCGGGAUCUCUGGCCAGUCGGUGAAAAUAGCUGACGAAGAUCAACGAGCACUGGACAUCAUGCACCGUACCAUUACACGGCGUGGUGAUCGUUUCGAGGUUGGCCAGAUAUACAGGUACAACAACUUCGUCUUCCCGGAGAGCAAGCGUCAAGCCCUACGACGUCUCCAGAUCAUGGAAAAGAAGAUGGACUCGAAUCCUGAUUUCGCUGAUCGGUACUGUAGGAAGAUCCAGGACUACGUCGACAAAGGAUACGCUAGGGAAUUGGAACCUGGUGAGCUAACUGAAACUCCGAACACCUGGUACCUGCCGCAUUCCAGCGUGGCGACUGAUGAGAAGUUCCACUUGGUGAUGGACGCCAAGGCAAAGUCGCACGGUUUUUCCCUGAACGAUCUGCUACUGAAGGGUCCGGAUUUCGUCCCUCCGCUGAUCGCGGUCCUGAUACGGGCCCGAAUGAAGAAGAUUGCCUUCGUUGCGGACAUACGGGAAAUGUUCCAUCAAGUCCUCAUCCGCAGAGAAGAUCAGGAAUCCCAGCGAUUUCUCUGGCGUGGCAUGAACCGCACGGACCCUCCUAACGAGUAUGUUAUGCAGGUGAUGAUAUUCGGCGCAGUGUCGUCCCCGUCGAUGGCACAGUUCAUCAAGAACUUUAAUGCGAAGGAGCUAGAAGAAAAGCACCCCGGCGUCGAGCGAGCUGUCGUGAAGCAGCACUAUGUCGACGACUACUUCGACUGCGCGGACACUAAACAAGAAGCCAUCGAACUGGUUCAGCGUGUCAUUAAGGUGCACGAUCAAGGCGGAUUCAAGCUAAUGAAGUUCUCGUCAAACUCCCGUGCCGUGUUGGCAUUUCUCGAUCCAGAAAUCGUCGCGGACAAGGAGAGCGACGAUCGUGUCCUCGGAAUCGAGUGGGACCUGCAGUCCGACGUCUUCCCGCUGGACUUCCCAAAACUGGAUCAGCGAUUCCGGACAGCUGAAGCCGUGCCCACGAAGCGGCAACUGCUGAAAUUAAUGAUGGGUAUCUUCGAUCCACUGUGCUUGCUCAGUCCGAUCACGAUUCUGCUGAAGCUCAUCUUUCAAGAGCUGUGGCGACUGCAGUCGGGAUGGGACGAUGAGAUUCCUGAUGGUCUGGUGCCGAGAUGGAUGGAAUGGCUGAACGAAACUGCAAGACUGGGAGAAAUUCGACUACCGCGGUACUACCAUCCGGCGGUGCCAUCCUUUAGUGAUGUUGAACUACACGCUUUCUGUGACGCGAGUGAUAAAGUUUAUGCCUGCGUGAUGGUCCACCGCCGAAAGGAAAGAUCACAUGUUGCGCUGGUGUACGCGAAGUCAAGAGUAGCACCCCUGAAGUCGCAGACUGUGCCGCGACUAGAGCUACAAGGAUGCGUCCUGGCAAGCCAGAUGAUAAGCGUUCUUCAAAUGGAGAUCAUGAUCGACAUUACCAGGCUGUACUUCUGGACCGAUUCGAAGAUCUGUUUGUGUUGGUUGAAGUCGGAUCAGAAGCUGACGGCCUAUAUCGGCGCUCGCCUCAACGUGGCGGAUUUGGCAACGAAGUGCUCGAAGAUUGGCAGCAUGCAGAAUGGCUGCGUGGCCCAGACUUCCUCUACCUGGAUAGCUCUACCUGGCCGGUCGACCGCAGAGUUCGCGAGCUUCCACUCCGAAAUAACCGUCAAAGAUGUGGCCGGACCACUGUGCAGUGCGGCGUUCAAAGAAAAGUUAAUCGAUCUACCCGACAUUGCCAGGUUCUCGGAUUUCAACCGGCUGAUCAGGUCAACUGCGUACUACCUGAAAAUGAGAAUACAAAAACCUAGUUUUGGCGGUGCGCGACUGUUGAGCAAUUUGAGAAAAGUCGAAUCUGGUGCUUUCCCUCAACACGCUGCCAGGAAACCACACAUCCGUCCCGCAGGAAAGACCGAGGUAAAGCGGAAGGAGAAGAAAGAGAAACCACAGGAGGUGCAGGAGCGCAGAGACACCAAACCUAGGAAACGUAGGAAGUCAGGUGCUAAGCACGAGAAAGGUGACGCACUCGUCAUCAAGACCGAACACUCGGACGUGAAGGCGAUGAGGAGCGACGCCAAGCUCGUUGAUCUGGUAGCCGACGUGCGCAAUAUUAGACGUACUCAUGAGAUCAUUGACGCGAAAGAGUUCACCACGGCACUGUGGCAAUUGUUACGAGGGCUUCGUGGUCGCCAAGGUAAACAGGGUCUUCACGCUGAUGCUGGACUGUAUGACGACCAUGCUGAAAGGAAGAAGGUCGGUGGCAAUGGCGUUUCACGAAACAGCGGGGUCAAAUUCUGCUAG